AUGGAGGAAGCUGCUGUGCCAAAUAUUUCUGGUGCUAAAUCUGGUGGCAGCCUUUCUGAAAAGUAUCCUACACUUUUGCGGUCUUUGACAACGGAUAAUGCGCGGCCAACAAGUUCCAGAGAAGCUCCUGCUUCGUCGUCAGCUGACGAAGAAAGCCCUGCUUAUAGACGCCGCUUUCGUGUAAAUUUAUCGGGACAUCUGUUUCAUGGGGUGCUUGAGGCCAGCAAAAGAGGAGUCCAUCCAGUGGUAAGAUAUAACAUUCCAGGAGGGGAGUACUGUUAUGCUUUCGAACGGUUGCGUACUACAAGCCGCGGGCAAAUAGUGAUAUAUCGGUGCACGGCCUGUAGGAAGAAAGGCACCAACACUACCAUAGCGGUGCAAAAUAAAUGCGAGUUCAUCGGAGAUCCUGCUGAACUCUUUCACGUCUGCAGUCCAUUGGAGAAUGCGAAAGAUCAAGUAACGCGGAUGGUUUAUCAGUCGUGUCGAGCUAUUGCGACGGAUCCACUGCUUGCACAAGCGAAACCUAAUCAGUUGUGGAAGAGUAUAGCUGAGUUCAUUGACAAGAAUGCACCUGAUGAUGAAGCCCAACGUAAAGAGAUGCUGAAGCACUUUUACAGGAACGGGUAUAAUUCAAGGAGAAGGUCUAUUGCAAGAGCAGCUGCGAAGCUUCACCGCCCCGCUGUCGAGAAGUCGUGCCGAGCCAUUGCGACGGAUCCACUGCUUGCACAAGCGAAACCUAAUCAGUUGUGGAAGAGUAUAGCUGAGUUCAUUGACAAGAAUGCACCUGAUGAUUCUCCUAGAGGUCCGCUAGGACCGAUAUCAUACUAG